CGUUGGUUGGGCUUUUUUGAUCUACGUGAUUCAGCGCAGUUUUUGCGGAAGGACUGUUUCUACUACCCAACAAAAGACGACAAGAAGUGACGGCGCGAGGGAAAAACGACAGGCUGGUUUAUAAAACUGAAUAAUGGAGAAUCCAGAGGUUUAUAGCCCCACAACCACGCCCCAACAGCCCACCAAAGACAGAUGUUUCAUGGUGCCGUCAAAACAUCUGGACUCCAAGAGGUUCCUCCUUAAAGCUCUGGAAGUGCUCCUGUCGUUCGUGGCCUUCGUUCUGGAGGAAGUGGUCAGUAACUGCACUUCCUGUGCUCCGCUGUAUUUUUUCGAGUUCGUCAGCUGCACAGCCUUCCUCUUCACCCUCCUCCUCCUCAUCCUCCUCGUCACUCCGCUGUACCUGAGAGUCGGCAUCACCUGCUGGCCUCUACUGGAUUUUGUAUACACGCUCGUCAUCGCCGUUUUCUUCGCCAUUGCCUCGCUUGCGUUCGCAGUAGAUAACGGAGGAAUGACCACGGAAAAAGCCGCUGUGGUGUUCGGAUUCGUGGCGACGGUCGUUUUCUUCAUAGAUCUUGGUUUGUUCGUAAUGAAUCAAGGAAUUCCGUGUUUGAAGCGAAGUCCAGCUGCUGACAACCCGCCAGCUCCUGUUGCGGAAGCUGAGAAGCUAAAUGCUAACGGAAACGAAUGAGUCGUUUUUAUAUCUGGUGACGUUUUAAUCCAGCCAAUCCACUUCCAGUUCACUCCCCAGACUGACCAAUGAGAGCACUGAACCUCCCAGUGGUCUUAAUCAUCUUUAUCCUUAUCGUUUUUGUUUUGUUUUGUUUUGUUUCUUUUUUUGUAAAUGUAGAGAUUUUUAACCUGAAGCAGAGACGACGCAAAAAAUCAGACCCCAGCUAAUUUUAUCUGAG